GAUCGUGAACGUGUUGUUGUACUAGGCUCUGGCUGGGCUGGCUAUACUCUCGCUCGAGACCUCGACCCCAAGAAAUAUCAAGUCGUCGUCGUAUCACCUCGCUCCUAUUUUGUCUUCACGCCUCUACUCGCCUCAACCUCAACCGGCACUCUCGAAUUCCGUACAGCUCUUGAACCUGUCCGCUCUCGUCGCACCAAAGUAGAAUUCUUACAAGGCUGGGCUGAUUCUGUGGAUUUUGCGUCCAAGACUUUGAAAGUGGAAGAAGCUGUUGAGAACCCAUGGCAGGCUAUGGCUCUGACGGGCGAUGGCCGCGAAGAUCAGAAUGCAAAGCAACUAGAGAAGGAGAGGGGCGUCAAGGCGAAGAAGGGCAAAGUGUUUGAGAUGAAUUAUGAUAAGUUGGUUGUGGCAGUCGGGUGCUACUCACAGACUUUUGGAACACCUGGUGUCAAGGAGCAUGCCUAUUUCCUGAAAGAUGUUGGUGAUGCCAGGAAAAUCCGAAACAGAAUGCUUUCUUGCUUCGAAACAGCUUCACUACCAACCACCAGCGAAGAGAUGAGAAGGCAGCUUCUCAACUUUGCCGUCGUAGGAGGUGGCCCAACUGGAAUUGAGUUCUCGGCCGAGCUCCACGAUCUCAUCAGUGAAGAUAUGGCCAAGCUCUACCCUGAGCUGAUGCAAUACUACAAGAUCACCGUCUACGAUGUUGCCGACAAGGUUCUUAGCAUGUUCGAUGACAAGCUCGCCAAAUACGCUAUCGAACGCUUCACUCGUGAAGGCAUUGACGUCAAGACAUCUCAUCACGUCAAAUCGCUUCGCAGAGGUACACCUGGAGAUCUUAAGGAAGACGGCGGUGAUCAAGUCGUCAAGGACGAAUCAAGCUGCUACACCCUGGAUCUGAAAGAAGAAGGCGAGAUAGGCGUUGGAAUGGUAGUCUGGAGUACUGGACUCAUGAUGAACCCCUUCGUCUCAAAGUCUCUGUCAAGGCCUUACGAUAUACCCAUCGACAGCGCUGUCGUCGAAACACCUUCGAAUGAAAAGAGCUGGAACAUCUCUAGGCAUCCACGCAGCGGAGGCAUCAUGACAAAUGACCGUCUUCGCGUGAUCAUGCAACCGUCCACCGAAGCAAAAGAAGGCGAGAAGGUCGAUGGCAGAGCAGUCAUCAAAGACGUCUACGCUAUUGGCGACUGUGCAAUCAUGGAAAACUCCGCUUACCCUGCUACCGCCCAAGUUGCUAACCAAAAAGCUCGCUGGCUGGCCAAACAACUCAACCGCGACUCCAUCGACAACAACGCCUUUACCUACAAAGACCUUGGGGUAAUGGCCUACGUUGGAAACUGGCAGGCUAUCAUGCAAUCGUCGGGCGGAGACAUAAGUGGAAGAGUUGCCUGGUUAAUUUGGCGUGGUGCAUACUUGGCAAAGAGUGUCAGUUGGAGAAACAGGAUUUUGAUCCCUACUUACUGGUUUGUCAACUGGCUAUUCGGCAGAGACAUAUCGAGGUUCUGA